AUGGCCAAGAAACCACCAGCAAAUCUCAAAGAAGAAGUAUUUAAGAAACAGAAAAUCUUCACUGGUUUGGGUCAUUUAGAGAGAGAAUACCACAUCGAGGGUUGAUCCAACAGUGACACUGGUCAUUAAUCCUUCUAGAACUAUUCCUGCUGCUCUUCGCAGUAGAGUGAAAGAGGAACUUGAUGAUAUGGAAAGGAAAAACGUAAUUUGUAAAGUGGAAGAGCCAACUGAUUGGGUCAGUUCUAUGGUUGUGGUGGAAAAACCUAACGGAAAACUUCACAUUUGUUUAGACCCAAAACAUCUAAACAAAGCAAUCAAGCGUGAACACUUUCAAUUACCGACAAUUGAAGAUAUCACUACACGUAUGGCCAAUGCCAAGUGGUUCUCCAAGCUAGACGCCAAUCAUGGAUACUGGCAAAUACCUUUGGAUGAGGAAAGUCAACUCCUUACCACUUUCAACACUCCUUUUGGCAGAUAUUGCUACACUUGCACUCCAUUUGGUAUCACCUCAGCACAAGAAGUUUUCAGAAAAGGAUGCAUCAACAUUUCGACGAUCUCGAAGGUGUUGAAACGGAUAUUGACAACAUCCUUAUUCACUGAACGACAGAAGAGCAUGAUCGACGCCUCGAAUCAGUCUUAGAAAGAUGUGAGAAGAUCAAUCUAACGUUAAACAAAGAGAAAUGUGAAUUCAAAUCCAGAGAAAUCACAUAUGUUGGACACAAACUGACAGAAAAUGGCGUUAAACCUGAUGAAGUGAAAGUUAAAGCUAUUAAUGAAAUGGAAGCACCAACAGACAAGAAAGGUGUGGAGAAACUGCUUGGAACUGUGAACUAUUUGGGAAAAUUCAUUCCAAAUUUAGCAACCAUUGCCAAACCAAUCAGAUCGUUGUUGAAGAAAGAGAUCGAAUUCCAGUGGUCUUUCAAGCAACAGAAAGCAUUUCAGGAUAUUAAGGACACUCUCACCAAAGAUGAAGGUCCAGUAUUAAAGUUUUUUGAUGUAUCGAAGCCGGUCACCAUUAGUUGUGAUGCGUCACCUACAGGUUUGGGGGCAGUUUUGUUGCAGGAUGGCUACCCAGUGGCGUACACGUCAAGAUCGUUGACAGAAACCGAAUCAAGGUACGCCCAAAUAGAAAAAGAACUUCUGGCUGUGCAAUUCAGUCUUGAUCGAUUUCAUCAAUAUGUGUACGGAAAGGAAGUUAUUGUUGAGUCAGAUCAUAAACCUUUGGAGAUGAUAGCAAAGAAAUCGCUGGCAUUAGCUCCUCCUCGUUUGCAGAGAUUACUCCUGAGAAUACAGAAGUACAACUACACUAUCGUCUACAAAUCAGCUAAAGAAAUGGCAUUGCCAGAUAUGUUGUCAAGAGCUCCAUUACCCGAAACUGACGAGGAAGUGGAAAAAGAGAUUAAUUUGCACGUACAUCUCGUAAGUUCAACCCUACCAGCUUCAGAAUUCAAAUUACAAGAAAUUAGAGAAGCAACAAAGAGCGACGAAAAACUAAGAACAUUAUUGAAUAUCAUUCAGAAUGGAUGGUCAGAUCAGAGAGAGAGUGUACCAUUGUCAGUCCUACCCUAUUGGAACAUUCGCGAUGAAUUGUCUGUGAUAGAUGGAAUCAUCUUGAAAGGAGACCAUAUUGUCGUACCAUUAGCAAUGAGAAAGGAAAUGCUACAAAGAAUAUAUCAUGGUCACAUGGGGAUCAAGAAAUUGAAGCGAAGAGCUCGGGAUGCUCUUUAUUUGCCUUUGAUGAGCAAGCAGAUAGCUGAAAUGGUAUCGAAGUGCACCGUAUGUCUUGAGCACAGAAAGGAGAAUAUCAAAGAGCCUAUGAUACCUUUCAGAGUACCAACCAUACCUUGGGAAGUGGUGCCAACAGAUUUAUUUAGUUUCAACAACUCAGACUAUCUACUUAUUGUUGACUAUCUUUCCAGAUACUUUGAAGUUGUUACGUUACCAGACACAAAGAGUUCAACAGUUAUCACAUACUCCAAGUCGAUAUUCUCCCGACAUGGUAUUCCUGCAGAAGUCGUAAGUGAUAAUGGGCCACAAUACUCAUCUAGAGAAUUUCAAGCAUUCACAGAAAGCUGGGAAUUCAAGCAUACGACAGUUAGUCCUCUUAACUCACAAGCCAAUGGUUUAGCAGAAAGGACUGUACAAACUAUCAAAGAUAUUUUAGUUAAAUCGAAGAAAGAUCAACAAGAUCCAUAUUUAAGUUUAUUGGAAUAUCGAAACUCUCCUAUCGAUGAUGUGGGAAGUCCAGCGCAGUUACUGAUGAAUGGGCGUUUGUGUUCAAGAAUUCCUCAAACGAUAUUGCAGUUGAAGCCCCGUGUUCUAGAUCCUGUUGACGUAAAGAAAAAAUUGAAUCUCAAGCAGCAGAAACAGAAAUUCUAUUAUGAUCGUCAGUCAAAAUCCCUUACUUAA